GACAGACCGAAGGGCUAGAACCCAAAUGGCCGCUGGAUCGGAAAAGUAAAGUAAAAAGUAAAGUAGUGCUUGCAAAAGCAAUAUCGACCCGAUGUCAGGAGUGUUCUGUGGGUCCACCUCCUGUGCUCUGACCUCAACCAACAUAUGGCCUAAAUAAGGCUUGGUAUGGACAUAGAUUCGGAUGACCUUGACAGUGAGUCGGACUCAGAGGCCCGUCCUGGCAGUCCCAGCCUCGACAACGGCGCGUCUACGUCCAAGGUCGCUCCCGUGGAGGUGAAGUCUGAGCCAGAGGAGAACUCGUCGGCCACGUCUCGGGUCUCUUCCAGCACCUCAGAACACGGCGACCCCGCCUCUCUCCAGCAAAGUCAGGUGUCGGGUUCAGAUCAGAUCGCUGGUUUUUUGGACUCAAACUUUCCACCACCCGCGGCAGAAGUGAAAACAGAACCUGAUGGUGGCGAUGGAGGAAGUGAGGACAAGCCACACCCCCACUCUCUUCUGUCCCAGUUACCCCCACCGUCCUCCUCCCCCAACGUUGCCGAUAGAAAACCCGACGACCUCGCCUCGCCCGCUACUGUUGGCGACCUCGCGGAAGCGGUUGACCCCAACACACCUGUUGACCUUGAACUUAACGCCAGCGAGAAGGAGCUGGCGGCGUUGGGUCUGGAGCGUCUGAAAUGUGCUCUCAUGUCGCGAGGAAUCAAGUGUGGGGGCACACUGGAGGAACGGGCGGCCAGGCUUUUCUCCGUGCGCGGUUUGUCCACAGAGGAGAUUGAUCCGUGGCUGUUUGCCAAGUCCAAGGGCAAGGGGAAAAAGAAGUAA